CAUAACACUAGGGCUCGGUCGCUUUGCUCUCGAUCACCGGUUCGAUAAUCUGUAUAAAGUCAUUUGUCCCAGUUUAGACCCGCCGUCUACUGGCGGAACAUAGGAACUACCAAUUAUGAUAAUAUCAUAUAACACUUGCUGUUUGCGCCAGUAUUGAAUUUGGUGCCGUCAAACGAAUUCAAUACUGUAGUCUGUGCGGCGCGCCCCGCCCCAGGCCCGCCGCAUGUGGAGCAUGGCAUCCAGUGGCAUCUGUAAUCCGGUGGCUGCUGUCAACGCAGGCUAAUACAUAUAGAUGCUGUGAGUUUGCUAGAACGAAACAAAUUCAAAAUGGAGCAAGCUGCGCCCAGCGAACCGCAAGAAAUUCGGAAGGCAACAUCGUUACUCAGCAACCUUGGCUACUUCAAGAAACUAGCACUCUCAAACAGUGAUAGCAUAGACGGCCUGCGGCUGUCAGAGCUGGAAGCGCUUGCAGCUUCAACAGUAAAUGCGCAACAACUCGGGACUUCCGACGGCGAGCAAGUGCUGACAGCCUUGGUCCUGGCGCACUGCUGGUCAGCGCACGCACUCGGUCAGGGCAGGCAAGGCGCGCAGGAUGCACAUGAGCGCACCUCUGCAAUGCUGUGCGACAUACCCAAGGAUGUGCUGCUGGCCACCCGUGCACCGUUGGCGCUACUCCGAGCGGAUGUGCUGAGCAGCUACGCGAGGUAUGUGUCACGGCUGUCAGGAGUGGGCGGCAGUGGCGGCGCGAGCUGCAACGCCAGAUGCGCAAGCAGCGGGGGGGCAGGCGGCGCCGGCGGCAGUGGCGGCCCGCACCAAGCCGCUGCCCCGCACAGCAGGGACACGGGGGCAGCCGCCGCGGUCCUGAACAACAUCCUGUGUGUCGUGUUUCACCUCUUACCCGUGCCCACGGGUAUCAUAGUAAACAUGGCCGGGCGCAGCGACGGCGAGGCCAGCGGCAGCAGCAGCGCGCCCGGCUCGCAGCAGUCGUCGUCUGAGCCGCCCGCCCAGCAGCAGCAGCAACUGGCUGAGCUGCUUGACGCGCUGGGUCGCAGUCAACUGCUGGAGCACGCGGCGGCGGCGGUGCUGCGACUGGCGGCGGCCUGCCCGCCACCGCCGCCGCCGCCGCCGACGGCAGCGGCGGCUGUAACACGGGCAGGGACGGUGCCGCCCCGUCACCCGCUAACAAGCGAGGAGCAGACAGCAGCAGCAGCGGCAGCCGCUGAUGAGGCCCUCCUGAACCCUUGGCUCCACAACUGCAAGGCUGCUGUGACGCUGUGUAACUGCCUCCAGUUUGUGCUGGUGCCCGCUGUCGCCUCAAAGCGGCGUGUACAGCAGGAGGAUAUGUCGCAGCAGCCCAACGGCACAACAGCGGCGUCGAGUCCCGCUGCCGCCGCCGCCGACGCCGUCGCGAGCAGCGGUGUUCUGGACAACAGCCGACUGAUCGCUGCACAGGCUGGAAUACAGCUGGCUAGCGGCCCCUGCACACAGUACUUUGCGCUUUGGUUGGCCGGGUGCGCGCGAGCAAGCAUGGAAUCGCUUGUUGCCGCUGCUGGUAACGCCGGCGGCGGCCGCGGCGGUGCUGCUGCUGCUGCUGCUGCUGCUGCUGUGGUUGGGGCAGUUGACGGCUCAACAGGGGCCUGCGGCACAACAGCAGCAGAUGCUCUCGCCGCUAACCGUCAGUCGCCGUUGCCGUCGCCAAGAAGGGAGGUGCCGACAACAGGAGCGGCAGGGCUCGCGCCGCCGCUGCGGCCGUUGAUAACAACAAUAUCGGGAGUGGCCGCAGGCUCGCUUGAGAGUGUGGCUAUUUCCGUGUUCCUGCGUGUUUUCCAGGCGACCGUUGGAGUCGGCGGUGGACCGCGAAUUAUCGGCAGCCAGCCGCUGCACCAGCCGGCCAGCCAGCAGCAGCAGCAGCAGCAGCCGUUGCGCUGCCGCCGCCUGGGCAUCACCACGCCUUACCCACCAGUCGCGGUUUACGCGUUUCUGGAGCGGCAUCACAACGCCUUCUGGACUGCGGGACAGUCCACGCAUUUCGCCCCAAUAGCUGAGCCGCUGACCACGCGCUGGACGCCCCUGAUGCGGGUACUUCUGUCGCAGCUACGGCCGGAGCAGGCGGCAGCGCGGCUUCCGGGGCUGUGGCGGCUGCUGGUGAUGCAAUUGGGCGGGGCUAAGAUUGAAGCAGCUACCGCUGGGCAGGUGUAUCAGUUGCUGAAGCACCCGAGGGCUCAUCCAGCCGGUUCACCGCCGCCACCGUCGCAGCCGCGGACCCCUGCGGUGACGGAUGCAGCUACCGCGGCAGAUGCAGCUACCGCGGCUGAAACCAGUGACCCCUGGCCCCGCCUCAGUGCCCGCUGCGCGCUGGACGCGGGGCUGCUGCCGGCGCUGGAGCGAGCCCUGCGCCGCCCGCAGCUAUGGCCCGAAGCUGCGGACUGCGACCCAAUGCUGCGGACUGCUGAGACCGCCGCAGUCCUCGACCUCAUGACCAGGGGCCUCCGGCGGUCGGGCGCCUGGCCGGCCCUUGUGGCGCACGCGCCUGUGCAUGAGGUGGUGGGGCUUGUGGCAACCGUGGAGCUGCUGCUGAAGCGCACAUGCCCCGGCACCGCGUGGCUGCGUUGCUUGCCUGCUGCCUUCAACCAGGCGGUCCCCGAGGACGCCCGGCUCCUGUCCAACACGGUAGUAGCGCUGCUGGAGCAGCUGGUGGCAGUCUGCGGGGCAGACGUUCUGGAGCCGCGGCCGCCGCCGCCGCAGCAGCUGCAGCAGCAGCCGCAGCCACCGCCGCCGCCGCCGCAGCAGCAGCAGCCACAGCAGCGGCAGCAGCCGCAACAGCCGCAGCCCCUGCCACUGCCGACAUCACGGCUCUUGACACUAUUGAGCCAUGGGCGGCGGGCGCUGGUUAAGAUCAUACACAGCAGCGAGUUUCCCCUGCUGGUGCUCAUGCCAUCUAUAUUGGUAGUAUAUUGGAUCCUGCAACUCCUGGAGCAUCUUUUACUGCUGGUUGCCCUGAGUGAGCAGCAGCCUGGCGGCUGGGCCCCGACGGCUGCUGAGACCGCCGCUGCUAGGCCGCCGCAGCAGCAGCUGCAGCAGCCGGAGCCAAGUGCGGCACCAGCAGGCAGCACGGAGAAGCAUGACGAUGAAGUUGCAAUGGCGGCGGCUGCUGAGACAGUCGCUGGGCGGGAAAACAGCACCAGCAGCGCGCGGGGCGAGAACCAGGUGGACCGUCGCAGUGGCGCGGCCUCUCGGCGACCGCAGCAGCCGUCAACUGUGCUUGCGGGCUGCAGCACUAGCAGCAUGGAGGAGUUUGAAGACCUGGCUGCAAUGGCCGGACCGCUCUGGUACAACAACAUUGAUCAGCAGCGCUCAAGGGAUCGCAUGCGACUGGCUGACCUGGUGGCGGCGGGCGGCGCGCCGCCGGCCGGCUCCGCGGCGGCGGCGCAGCAGGCGCUGCUUGCGUCCUUCGCGCUGCAGCGCUGGCUGCCGCUGCUGCUGGAGCAUGCAAGCUGCGCCGCCUUUGUUGCGCCGCCUUGCGUGCCGGUGCCAGUCAUCAACGGACUGAGCUGGACGCUGGCGCACAGGUUGGCGGUGGUGCGGCUGCUUUUAUGCCUGGUUGGGCACGUGCCGGAUUGCAUGGCAGCGAGGGACGAGGCACAGGACGCGGAGGAGGCGUCGGCGGCGCGCCUGGCGUCAGAGUCUUGGCACGCAGCGUUGUGGGGCCCCUGCAGAACUAGCACGUAUGGGCUGGUGCGGAACCUACUGGAAGGCCCGGCGGGCCCGGAUGACACGGAGUGGCCGCAGGGCAAGGCCGGUGAGGAGCUGGAGCUGGCGUGCCUGCACCUGGUCGAGGCGCUCAUUGCCUCGCGCUUGUGGGUGCCCAGGCCUGAAGCAGCCCUGAGCAGCGGCAGCGACGGCGGCAGCAACGACAGGCUCGUCCGGAAGCUGCGGCUGCUGGCAGAUCGGCACGGGCGCCAUCACCUCGUGGACCACAUUGACGCGACCGGCCAGGUGCUGGAGGCGCAUGCGCGGUCGGCCGCCGGUCUGGGCCUGUCUGGUACGGAGGAUAAGAGCCCUGUGAUGGAAAGGCUCUUGGACGUGGACCCGCAGCAGCCGCGUCCAGCUUUGCAGCAGCAGAUGCGGGCUGGGUCGCGGCUGAGCCGGCUGCUGUCGCCGGCGGAGGUGGAGGCGCGGCUGCGGAAGGCGGGCGUGGUGGUGGGCGGAGGUGUCAGCAUAGGCAGUAGCAGCGGUGGCAGCGGCGGGGCUGCCGCGGCCUCUGCUGGCGCCGGCGCCUUCAAGCUGUGCGGCAACCCGGAAUGCAGCAGCCUGGAUGGGCCCAGCGCACUUAUCGCGCCCGGCCGCGGCAAGACGUGCGCGCGCUGCAAGCAGAUCACGUACUGCUGCGGCGCGUGCCAGCUGCAGCAUUGGCGCGAGGGCGGCCAUGACAAGGCGUGCGCGGGGCUGGCGGCGGCAGGGGCUGGGGCGGCGGCGGCGGCAGGGGCUGGGGCUGCAGCGGCAGGAAGCAAAUGAAGAUGUUUUUGAUCGUGCUCGAGGGUAUGGGUAUGUGCAGCGUGCCAGGAACGGGAUAGUGUGCGGCUGUGGCUGUGGCUGGGGCUGGGGCUGUGGCUGGGCCUGGGGCAGGCAGGCAACCAGUAUGCAUACGUGCUUAUAGGACGGCAGAACUGAGACGCAUGCGACUAGCUGGCAUGGUCGCAUGGGACUGCCGUGGAGUCACUGGACGCACGGGACUGUAUAAGUGUGUGCGUGUGCGUGUGCGUGUGCGUGUGCGUGUGCGUGUGCGUGUAUGUGUGUGUGUGUGUGUGUGUGUGUGUGUGUGUGUGCGUGCGCGCAGGUUCUUUGGGUGCCGUCUGGACAAACUUUUGCUGCUUUUAUGUGUAGGGCAACUGUUAUACCGCUGUUUGUGGCGGCAGCGAUACCUGUGGCGUCUGAUGUGCACGGUAGGUUGAGGCAGCUGCUGAUGGCGGCCUACGAGAGCUGGGAUGAUGGUCGUUGUGGAUGGCGGGCGUUACUAGCAUGCAAGAGAAUGCUGGGCUGCCAGGAACCUCUGGCGCUAGCUGCACGGGACGGAUGGGAACCGCGCACGUACGCGUGGUGUAAUGCGCGCGUGCC